CCCCGCCGGCUCCGGGCGCGGCCGCGGCUUCUCCUCAGCGCCCCGCUCCCGCCGCAGCGAGCCGGGACUCCGCGCCGCUGCCGCCCCCGGCCCGGAAGCGGAAGGUUUGCGGCGGCAGCGGCUUCCAGCUCCGGUGCGCGGUGCCCUUGGGCCGGUGCGGACGAUGGCGGCGCUGGCGCUGCUGCGGGCGGGGCUGGCGCGGCCCCGCGGAGCGCAGAUGGCUCUCCUCGGGAGGACCCUUCGCCCCCGCCCCGCGGUCCUGGCGGCCGUUGCCGAUCGGAGCGCUCCGGCGCGGCAGAGCCACAGUCCCCCCCAGCAGCGCCACGGCAGUUCCAAGGCUGCAUCCUUGCACUGGACAGGUGAGCGAGCGGUCAGUGUCCUCUUGCUGGGUCUCCUUCCUGCCGCCUACCUGUUCCCCGGACCAGCCAUGGACUAUUCGCUGGCUGCAGCCCUCACUCUUCAUGGCCACUGGGGUCUCGGACAGGUUAUAACUGACUACGUCCAUGGAGAUACACCCAUUAAAGUGGCCAAUACGGGUCUGUAUGUACUGUCGGCUCUUACCUUUGCUGGCCUCUGCUACUUUAACUAUCACGAUGUCGGUAUCUGCAGGGCCGUUGCCAUGCUGUGGAGUCUCUGAGAUGCAACCGAGUCCCUGACAAACACGAUUGUUCACCGCUGCCUCUGCUUCCUGACGUUUUUAUGAACAUGUUUAGUGCAAAAGAAAUUAAUAACCAUGGGCCUAUAGUGAGUACAUACUGCAGCAAGUGCAGAGCUGGCAUUUUAGUAAUAAAUAUCCAUAGUUUUUUGAUUUAGUGCAACAGCAGUAAAAAUGUUAGAAAAAGUAGACUUAAAGUGGGUAAUGUCCAGGUGAAAGUUGAUUUAAGCUGCACUGUAAAUUGGAGGAAUUAACGAGUAAUGAUCAAUGACAGAGUUACACAGCUGAAGGCACCUUGGAAGGGCAGCUUUACUGAUGUUUUCUAAAAUAACCAUUGCUUGGUUUCCUAUUUUGUAAAACAAAUUUGACUUGCAGAAAACUGCACUGUUAGUGCUGACAACACAACUGAACUGGCUGUAGGGCACACCCUGUAACUCUGGACUCUGAGAGCUGAUGUAUAAAGGGAAUACUUCUUUCUUAAUCCAUACAAUAAAGAAUUUACAGAAA